AUGAUGUAUUUAGAAAAUAGGAAGAAAUAUGAAACAAAAUUUGAGAAAUCAUUUAAAAAAACAUAGAAUAAAUCUAAUAAGAAAGAAAAAGUAUUAAACUUCUUCAAAAAAUAUCAAAAAACCUUAUGUUCCUUCAAUUCUAAACUUCCUAAUGAUCAAAAUAAGAUCCUAACAUCCAGUAUGUUUCACAAAACAAUCUUACAGGGAUAUUUAUCAAAUUGUAGUAAAGAUUUAUUAGGAUAAUAAUCAUUUUAGAAUUUUAGAAGUUUAAAAUAAGUAAAGAAUUUAUUAGUGGAUGAUAUAGUAAAGAAAUGAAUAAAGAAUUGAAAAAUAGAAAAAUUUAGUUGGCAUUUCAAUUAAUAAAAUCAAAAGAGAAAACUCCAUUUCUAAAAUAUAAAUUGUUUCUCCUUAAACUUGACCUAAUCAAAAACCUUAAAAUAAAAUUCAAGAAACAGUCAAGUUCCGUUAGUAGAAAAUAGGUUUCUUCAAUUAUUAAAAUCGUAUAGUCCCUAAUAACGAAAUAAUAUUGACUUUUUUUUGCUGCAUAAAGAGAAUCAGUUUCAAAAUGCAGGAGGAAGUACAUCGUUUUUAUGUUUCUUCUAAUAAAACUCAUUCUAAUUUCAAUUAUAGCAAGAAAAUCUCCUAAGUCAAUAGUUUCUUAGGUGA